AUGAACCCUGUGCGACCGCCCGUCUUGGAGGCGGCGCUGCGGUCUUGCACGAGAUCGCAGCGCUCUCCCGCAUUCCGCAAUGCUCUACAACAGAGGAUCAGAAGCUCUCAAACGAGAUGUAUAUCUGGCGGAACGAGACCCUCAGCGCCUGCUGGGGGUUUGCAAAAGACGGAAGUAUGGGCGCCGAAGACGAGGAUCGCUGUGGGAUUUGUGUUUAUUGGGUCAUUGAUUUACUCCAUGGUUAAUGGCGACAACGAACUCCCGCCUGACGAGCCGAGACCUCGCUCUGGACAGCAGCUCGAUGCGCCUUCGAUUGCGGAAAGAGAUAGUUUGAGUAAACGCGAGUCAGGCGUCAGUGUCAAUUCGCCGAUGCGUUUACGGAUGGAGCAGUUCAUCAAGCAGAAGCAGGAGGAGAUUGUACGGGCUUUGGAGGCGGUGGAUGGGAAGAAGUUUCACGCGGAUCAGUGGGAUCGACCGAAUGGUGGAGGUGGGAUCUCGUGCGUGUUGCAGGAUGGGAAUGUGUUUGAGAAGGCCGGAGUCAAUAUUUCGGUGGUGUAUGGAACGCUACCGCGAGCGGCGAUAUCGAAGAUGAGGGUGAAUCAUAAGGCGCUGGACCCGGAUGUGGAGAGUCUGGAGUUCUUUGCUGCUGGACUGAGUCUGGUGUUGCAUCCUCACAACCCAAUGGCCCCAACGGUCCACCUCAACUAUCGAUACUUCGAAACUGCCAACUCAGACGGUUCCACGAACGCAUGGUGGUUCGGCGGCGGCACCGACCUGACACCCUCCUAUCUCUUCGACGAAGACGCCAUCGCCUUCCACCGCAGCAUCAAAGAAGCCUGCGACGCCCACGACAAGGAAUACUACUCGCGCUUCAAGAAAUGGUGCGACGAAUACUUCUGGGUCAAGCACCGCAACGAAUCCCGCGGCGUCGGCGGCAUAUUCUUCGACGACCUCGACGAGACGGAGAAAGACCAAGAAAGCCUCUUCGCCUUCAUCCAGACCUGUUUGGGUGCCUUCCUACCCUCGUACCUCCCCAUCAUCCAGAAGCGCAAGGAUAUGCCGUACACGGAGAAGGAGAAGGAGUGGCAGCAGAUUCGACGGGGCAGGUAUGUGGAGUUCAAUCUGGUGCAUGAUCGCGGCACGGCGUUUGGGCUGAAUACCCCUGGGGCGCGGGUGGAGAGCAUUUUGAUGAGUUUGCCCAAGACGGCCGCGUGGAGGUAUCAGCAUGAGCCUGAGAGGGGCAGUCGGGAGGAGAGGUUGGUGGGGGUUUUGAAGAAUCCGGUGGAUUGGGUGUAG